CAUUUUACGCAUGCGCGCUAAAGAGGAAACAGGAGAACUGAAUUCUCCGGAACUCCUGAUAGCAUGAACACGCGAAAUAAAGUACUGUAAAAAGCAUAAUAAGAUUUUGUGUUUGAGUUCAUGACUAGACUCAGCUAAAAGUUCUGUUAUAACACUGAGGACAGGUGUUAUUAACCCACGAGGCCAAGGACUUCGAGAUGACUUCUCUGUUUCUACACAAGAAAAGAAUGGGUCAUUCAGAAAGCAGACCAGUGUGGCCAUCUCUUCCUCUUGCUAUUAUUGAGGAAAUUUUUCUAAACCUGCCUGGCCAGCAAGUGAUUUGUGUGUGCCGCCUGGUGUGUUCUGAGUGGAAGUCGGUGGUGGACAGCACUGCGUUUUGGAGAAAGCGAUGCCGUAGCGAAGGACUCAAGCCUCUCACUAUCCACAAAGUCCCAAGACAUUGGCAGAUGACUUAUUUUCUAUGUAAAAUGAGACGGAAUCUGUUGAAGAACCCCAAUGCGGAUGAAGGCUUUGCUGGCUGGAAAAUCGAAGAAAAUGGAGGUGAUGGAUGGAUUAAAGAUUGUAUUUUUGUACCUCAUCCAGAUGAGACUGUAACAAAAUGCUUUGUUACCUCUUAUGAGCAAUGCAAAAAGAGUCAGCUGAUCAACCUAGAAGAAGAAGGGUACAGUCCUGCAAUUAUGGAUGAAAUACAGCCUGACAUUGUGAUAUCAGAUUGGUAUGCUCCACGGUGGGACUGUGGCAGUGAAUAUCAAAUUCAAAUCGAGUUACUCAAUCACCAGAAGAGGACUGUCCAGUCAUUUGUGUCAGCACCUGUGUUUUUUCCUCAAUGGAAUGAUCAGAAAUGGGAAGAGAUGACAUAUACCUUUAAGGACUAUGGACCUGGUGUUCGAUUUAUCCGUUUUAAGCAUGGAGGGAAGGACACACAGUACUGGGCUGGACAUUAUGGAAUAAGGGUUACUCACAGUAGUGUGGAAAUCUCCUCAUAAGCAUAACAUAGAAAUAAUACAGAUGAUAUGUAAAAUGAUAGUGAUUAAGAAAGUGGUAGCUUAGUGGUUAAGGUGUUGGACUACUGGUCGGAAAAUUGUGAGUUCAAACCCCAGGUCCAAUAAGCUGCCACUUCUGAGUCUCUGAGCAAGGCUUUUAACCCUCAGUUGCGGUAUAAUUUGUUGAUAAAUGUAAGUCACUGUGGAUAAGGGUGUCUGCCAAAUGUCUGAAUGUAAAUGAUUACUGCAAUUAUUUAUACUAAUAUGCUUAAAAUAUGUCUGUGGUGUUCAAUAUGAUGGAAAGAAUAUUAAACAGAGAAUACUGUGAGAUGUUAUAAAAAUGUAAUCCAAAUAUUUAUAAAAUAAUCAGCAUAAUAUAAUUCUUACAUAUAAUUUGUAAAAUCAGCUAAAUGCAUUUUUUAGAUCUAAGGUAACAAUCAGCAAAUUUUGAUCUGUGCAAAAUAUUAAAACAUUAAAAUAUCAUAUUGGUUUCUUCCUUUUACUUUUGAAAAAAUCAUAUUUAAUGAAAAUAAUGCUUUAAAAGUGUAACACUCACAGACAUUACUUCACUCUUGGUGAAUAAACCUACCAUAUUUAAUUUACCAUAAGUAUCUGCUCCCCCUACAGUAGCUGAAGCAGCAUUUGACUAGAAAUGUAAUUAGCAAUGAGCAGCGAUAAUGUAUGUAUUUCAUAGAUGUUUUCAUUCUAUAUAAUGUACACAGAUUUGUUUAUUUGUAUGCUUUGUAUGCUGUAUGUAUAUAUGUAUAUAUAUGUGUGUGUGUGUAUAUAUAUAUAUAUAUGUGUGUACACAUAUGUUUACAUAUUAGCUAUAUAUAUAUAUUUACACGUGUUUACAUAUUAGCUUUAUAUAUAGCUAAUAUGUAAACAUAUGUGUAAAUGUUUUUUUCUUUUUGUUAUUGUUUUUCUUUUUCCUGUUUCUGCACCGUAUGACAGAGAAAUUUCUAUUUAGAAAUUUCAAUCCUCUGUAUGUCCUAUAUACAUAUAGCAGUAUUGACAAUAAAGCUGACACUGACUCUGA